GAGGAAGACACAACGUGGGUUCUAGUGAGUUCGAGUGGCAACACAGUUGUGUUAGGGAGUGGACCGAUCGCGAGGGAAAAGAGAAGAAGAAAACCCUGUGAAACCCUAAAAGGCGGGAGAGCGAGUAAGCGAGGGACAAGCAGAGAGUCUUUCUCCAUCAGCAUCACUCUGAACUUUCACCAUUCCUCGUCCCAAAGAUGCACGCCCCGGUCCUUGUCCUCAAGGAUUCUUUGAAACGGGAAUCUGGAACCAAGGUUCACCAUGCAAACAUUCAAGCAUCAAAGGCCGUGGCUGACAUAAUACGUACUACAUUGGGUCCUAGGUCCAUGUUGAAAAUGCUUCUUGAUGCUAGUGGAGGAAUAGUGGUAACAAAUGAUGGAAAUGCCAUUUUGCGCGAGCUUGAUCUGGCACACCCAGCGGCGAAGUCCAUGAUUGAAUUGAGUCGUACACAAGAUGAAGAAGUUGGUGAUGGAACAACAUCUGUAAUUGUUCUUGCUGGUGAGAUGCUGCAUGUUGCUCAAGCUUUUAUUGACAAGAACUUUCACCCUACAGUAAUAUGCCGAGCCUACAACAAGGCCCUGGAGGAUGCUAUUGCAGUAUUAGAUAAGAUUUCUAUGUCUGUUGAUGUCAAUGAUCGAUCUGCAAUGUUGGGUUUGGUCAAAAGUUCUAUUGGCACAAAGUUUACAAGCCAGUUUGGUAAUCUCAUUGCGGAUAUGGCACUUGAUGCUGCGACUAUUGUUGGUGUGGACCUUGGGCAAGGGCUACGAGAAGUUGACAUUAAAAAAUAUAUUAAAGUUGAGAAGGUUCCUGGUGGUCAGUUGGAAGAUUCCACAGUUUUAAGAGGAGUAAUGAUAAACAAAGAUGUUGUUGCUCCUGGGAAAAUGAAGAGGAGAAUAGUAAACCCUCGCAUUAUUCUUUUAGAUUGUCCUCUAGAAUACAAGAAAGGAGAGAACCAAACAAAUGCUGAAUUAGCGAACGAGGAAGAUUGGGCAACUUUGUUGAGAAUGGAAGAAGAAUACAUUCAGGAUCUAUGCUCUCAGAUAUUGAAGUUCAAACCUGAUCUGGUGAUCACAGAAAAAGGACUAAGUGAUCUUGCCUGCCACUUUCUCAGUAAGGCUGGAGUAAGUGCAAUCAGAAGAUUAAGGAAGACUGAUAAUAACAGGAUUGCAAAGGCUACUGGCGCUGUCAUAGUCAACAGGCCAGAUGAGCUACAAGAAUCUGAUGUUGGAACAGGGGCUGGGCUAUUUGAGGUUAAGAAGAUUGGCGAUGAGUUCUUUUCUUUCAUUGUGGAAUGCAAAGACCCGAAGGCAUGUACAGUUCUCUUAAGAGGGCCAAGCAAGGACUUCCUGAAUGAAGUUGAGAGAAAUUUGCAGGAUGCAAUGUCUGUUGCAAGGAACAUUAUCAAGAAUCCAAAGCUUGUUCCUGGUGGUGGUGCAUCUGAGUUGACUGUUUCUGCUACACUAAAGCAGAAGAGUUCAUCGAUAGAAGGGAUUGAAAAAUGGCCGUAUGAAGCUGCUGCAGUUGCUUUUGAGGCAAUUCCACGUACCCUUGCGCAGAACUGUGGAGUAAAUGUGAUUCGAACAAUGACUGAGUUGCAAGGAAAACAUGCUAAUGGUGAGAAUGCAUGGACUGGCAUAGACGGAAAUACAGGUGUAAUAGCAGACAUGAACGAGCGUAAGAUAUGGGAUUCUUAUAAUGUCAAAGUACAGACGUUUAAGACUGCCAUCGAGGCAGCUUGCAUGCUUCUGAGGAUUGAUGACAUUGUCAGUGGCAUCAAGAAAAAGCAAGCUCCAGGAGCCGGCCAAGCACCGUCGAAGCCUCAAAUUGAACAAGAAGGUGAUGCAGACAAUGAGCAGAUGCUUGCAGAAUAGAGAAGGGGGAGUUUGCUUACAAGAAUUCUUUUAGAGUGGUAUUCAUGUGUGUCUGUGGUCGAAAAAAUUUUGGUUUUAUUUUGACUACUGGAGUUUGCACAGUUCUCCUUCUUUCUGAUCAUUUAAUUUUAUGUUUUGUAGAUGCAUUAGGAAUGAUGUGUAAUUUAGAAAAUGAAAAAAAUGAGACCCUGAGUUUCGAAGAUGAAUGCUGACAUCCUACAAGGAUCCUUACAUAGAACGAAGAAAGCAGUUUUUUGUA